UAGUUAUCACAAAUGAUAUAAUUAUUACACCGGGUCAAUCGCAGCAGACGCUCAGAAAAUAAAAAGUCGUGUUGAUCUUCGAUGUGAUGCCAUUUAAACAACUAUUUUAAGUCAAUUAAGAAGAAAAAAAGAGUUGUGUUACUUGAUAUUGAGAAAAUGGGAGGAGCUAGUUCUACACCCACUCCUGAUCCAGCAGCUGUGAAGACAGAUGUAAAUGCCAAUGCAAUCCCAGCAGAGUGUCCAAUGCAUAAUAAAAAUGACAGUAAAAUAGAUGAAACUAAACAGGUACACAGAAAAGGUUUAAGUGAAGAUGACAUGCAGAAGAUGGCUGUGAGUUUUUCCUCUGCACCAAGUGAAUGUCCUAUGCAUGCAGGAGCAAGUUCUUCCCCGCCCAGUGACUGCCCAAUGAGACAAGAGCAAACAGAUAUUAACCCGGACAACAUGAUGCCGCCACCAAACCAGAGACCAGCACCAGACCAGCCAUUUCCUUUGUCCACUGACAGAGAGGUGUCUGGUAUACCUCGUGCAGGAACUGAGGACAAUUGGGUCUAUCCAUCACAGCAAAUGUUCUGGAAUGCAAUGUUAAGAAAAGGUUGGAGAUGGAAUGAAGAUGAGAUAAGUCAGAAUGAUAUGGGACACAUCAUAAAGAUACACAACAGUAAUAAUGAACAAGCAUGGCAAGAAGUCCUCAUGUGGGAGGCUCUUCAUGCAAGGGAAUGUACAAAUCCUAAGCUGAAGAAAUUUGGUGGUAAAGCUAAAGAUUACUCCCCCAGAGCAAAGAUCAGGAGUUGGAUGGGGUAUGAACUUCCAUUUGACAGACAUGAUUGGAUUGUUGACAGGUGUGGGAAGGAAGUUAGAUAUAUAAUUGACUAUUAUGAUGGCGGAAAAGUAGAUAAAACUACAUAUCAGUUUACGCUGCUAGAUGUUCGGCCUGCUUAUGACUCUUUUUCAGCCUUUUGGGACAGAUCAAAGGUGGCAUGGAUGAGAUGGCGGUAUCAGUCUGAUAAUACCAGUGAAAAUGCAAACUCAAGUAAUUCAGCUGAUAAAUCUUGAAUAGAUCUGAAUGUAAAACGGAAACUCCCAUUUUUCCAAAGGAUGAUUGUUUUGUUGCAGAAAACACUGUGAUAUGUAGUAGUUUGACUUGUUACCAUCAUCAGUGAAGAAUGGUACAACAUAAUUUUCUAAGGGCAUUUUUGUGAACAUGUGGACUUACAUUUUCAUGGACUUUUAUAGUAAAACUUUGGACUUGUGACCCUGUUGUUCAUGGAUUUUUGUGAUUUAACCUUUUUGAACAUGGAGUUUUGUGACUCAACUAUAUACAUACAUGUGGUAUUGUUAGUGGAAUUUUGUGGCUCAACUAUGGACAUGUAGCCUUCUUGUCACGAAUGUUUGUGAUUGUAUUAUAUAGACUAACAAGAAUCUGGACAUGUGCUAACUCGGAGAACAUUCAUGAACAUACGAUUGGUAUAUCUGGAAGGAAAAAAAGAAAUAUUACAUUAUGUGAAGGCUAAUAAAUUAGAAACACACAUAA